AUCCUCUGGAUGUCACGUGACCCGAUACGUCACAUGUAAACCUGAGCAAAAUGGCGGCCGCUGGAGGAGAAUCUUCCUCUCAGACUGUUUCGGAUGAAUUAUUCCAAAGCUUUUACACCGAGGUGAAGCAGAUUGAGAAGAGGGAUUCUGUGUUAACAUCCAAGCAGCAGAUUGACAGGUUGCUUAGACCUGGCUCGUCGUACUUUAAUCUCAACCCUUUUGAGGUGUUGCAGAUUGAUCCAGAAGCAACAGAUGAGGAGCUGAAGAAAAGAUUUAGAGCUUUAUCGAUUUUGGUCCAUCCAGACAAAAACCAGGAUGAUCCUGACAGAGCACAGAGAGCCUUUGAAGUUGUUGACAAGGCCUACAAACUCUUACUGGAGCCCGAGCAGAAGAAGAGGGCAGUAGAUGUGAUCCAAGCGGGAAAGGAAUAUGUGGAACACAUGGUAAAGCAGAAAAAGAAGCAACUAAAAAAAGAUGGAAAACCUCAGGAUGUGGAGGAGGAUGACCCUGAUAUGUUCAGACAAGCAGUAUACAAACAAACUAUGAAGCUUUUUGCAGAGCUUGAAAUCAAAAGGAAGGAAAGAGAAGCAAAGGAAAUGCAUGAAAGGAAAAGAGCAAGAGAAGAAGAAAUUGAGGCAGCAGAGAAAGCAAAACGGGAAAGAGAAUGGCAGAAGAACUUUGAGGAAUCAAGAGAUGGACGGGUGGACAGUUGGCGGACCUUCCAAACAAAAGGAAAAAAAAAAGAGAAAAAGAACAGGUCCUUCCUUAAACCACCAAAAGUUAAGAUGGAACAGAGGGAGUGAUGCUGUCAGACUGUCAUCUUCUGUGAAUGCCCUACCUUGUCUGCAGUCAGCACAGUCAUAACCUGAUUUGUCAAAUGACAAGUUCCUUACCCUUACAAAUGUUAGUUUUGUACUUCAUUUUCUAUUGUACAUACUUGUGAUCUAGAUCUAGACGAUACAUCUUCCCCUAAUGUAACUCAAGCAUAAUGUCUUUUGUUUUUCACACACCAAUAAAGCUUGAUCUCCAGUGUCUUUACUGUGAUCUAAAGGAUCAGAACUUUUGUGCCAUUAGCUAGGUGCCCAUUUUAUGGAGAGAAGUGGCGAUUUUUUUCAUUGAAUACUUGGGGGGCUAAACCUCCCCUGUAAAUUCCAUAAAAUAUGCAUUGUCAAACGUCAAAUGUACUCAUUAA